GUGUGAGUGGGCAGUGUGUGUUUGGCUGUCUUGCAUCAUUGUGGUUAUUUUAUUAAAAUUUUUUCUGGAAAUAAGAAGAAACUCUUGAGGAUAUCAAAAAUGAUGGGGCCUCUGCCUGUGAGCGGGCAGGAGUGUCCUGGCCGGCAGGCUGAUUGUUAGCCAUGCAGCGACAGCAAGAACCCACGGUCAGCACCCUGCAUCUUGUGGCCAAUGAUAUGACUGAUAUCAUGGAGAACUUGGACACACGAGAACUCGACAUUGGAGAUGGGGAAGAGGAGUUUGAUGGGCAGGACCCUAACAGUGCAGAAAACAGAAUCCCCUUCUCAGCGGUGUAUAAAACGAAGGGCUUCAAAGAAUCUGGAGCACGUGUGUUUCUUACAGCGCUUCCUAUUACCGCCAAAAUCCUGGAGGUGGAACGUUUCACUUCCGCCCAAGAUCGCUUCAACAUCACCACACAGAGAAGCGUUUCGAAGGCGCUUCCUGCAGUGUUUAAGAUAGAGUUGAGGCAUGGAAACUUCACCUGGAUGGUGAAGAGGAAGGAGAAACAUUUUAUGGAGCUUCACAGGGAACUCCGCACCUACAAGACCUUCAUCAGAAUUCCACUGCCCACCCGCAGUCAUGCAGAACGGAGACAAACUGUAAACAGGAACCUUGAACGGAAUAUGCCAAAUCUACCCCGGGGAGGAGGGGAAGAACUAGCCAGGGAAGAGCAAGUCUCCAGUCGAAAAAGACAACUUGAAGACUACUUGAAUAGACUGCUGAAAAUGCCAAUGUAUAGAAACUACCAUGCAACAAUGGAAUUUAUUGAUGUGAGUCAGAUGUCCUUCAUUCAUGACUUGGGACCAAAAGGCUUGGAGGGCAUGGUACUCAAAAGGUCAGGGGGUCACCGUAUUCCUGGACUGAACUGCUGUGGCCGCAGCAAAAUGUGCUACCGCUGGUCCAAACGGUGGCUGGUGGUGAAGGACUCUUGUCUUCUCCUCAUGAAGCCGGACACAGGUGCCAUCUCAUUUGUGCUGCUGAUGGAUAAGGCAUUUAGCAUCAAAAUGGAAACUAAAGACACUGAGACAAAACAUGGUGUCCGUAUAGACAGUCUGUCCAGGACCCUGGUACUGAAGUUCACAAGUUACCGUCAUGCCCGCUGGUGGGGGCAGGCCCUUGAUGAUUUUGUGCGGAAGUACGGCAGUAAUUUCCUGAAGGAUCAUCGCUUUUCUUCCUUCGCCAAAGAACAGAAGAACAUUCAGUCGAAAUGGUAUGUGAAUGGGAAACAGUACAUGGAGGACGUGGCGAAUGCACUGGAGGAGGCAGAGGAGGAGAUCUUUAUCACAGACUGGUGGCUGAGCCCUGAGAUCUUCCUUAAGAGGCCGGUUGUCGAAGGCAACCGCUGGCGACUUGAUUGCAUUCUGAAACGGAAAGCACAAAAAGGUGUGCGGAUCUUUGUGAUGCUGUAUAAGGAGGUGGAACUGGCUCUUGGGAUAAACAGUGAAUACAGCAAACGAACACUACUUCAGCUUCACCCCAACAUCAAGGUAAUGAGGCACCCUGACCACGUGUCCUCUUCCGUCUACCUGUGGGCGCAUCAUGAGAAGAUUGUAGUUAUCGACCAAUCGGUGGCAUUUGUGGGCGGCAUUGACUUGGCAUAUGGUCGCUGGGAUGAUAAUGAGCAUCGGCUGACUGACGUAGGGAGUGUAACCAGGACUCUUGUGUCUACAGAGAAUGCCACUGAAGCUUUUUCCGCAACAGCUGCUCCAGCAAACGGGUCCAGCAUGGUGCACAGCAAAGGUUCUGUCAUGGACAGUGUUGACCAACCGAAAAUAAAAAGACAUGGGAAGACCAAGAAGCUGCGUCUCAGCAUCCGUAAGCACCUGCAGAAACAUGGGUUGGCGCCUGCUGACAGUGUGAGCAGUGUGGAGAGCUCAGAAGAAAAGACAGAGGCAGUGCAGGAUCUGCAAGCAGACUUCAUCGGUCUGAUGGGAAACACACGGUUCUGGCAUGGCAAAGACUACUGCAAUUUUGUACACAAGGACUGGAUCCAGCUGGAUAAACCUUUUGAUGAUUUCAUCGACAGGCACGUAACUCCCAGAAUGCCUUGGCAUGACAUCGCCUCCGUGGUGCAUGGGAUGGCCGCCAGAGAUGUUGCUCGCCACUUCAUUCAGCGCUGGAAUUUCACAAAGAUCAUGAAGCCUAAAUAUAGGUCCCUCUCCUAUCCAUACCUCCUUCCUAAAUCUCACACUACUGCGAUCGAUCUUAAGUACCAGGUCCCUGGCUGUACCCCGACAAAUGUUCAGUUGUUGCGGUCGGCUUCAGACUGGUCAGCGGGUAUAAAAUACCAUGAAGAGUCGAUUCAUACGGCUUACGUCAACGUUAUUGAACACAGCAAACACUAUAUCUACAUAGAGAACCAGUUCUUUAUAAGCUGCGCUGACAACAAAGUCGUUCACAAUAAAAUUGGAGACGCCAUCGCCCAGAGGAUAAUAAAAGCCUAUCAAGAGGGUAAAAAGUACCGUGUGUAUGUGGUGACUCCUCUACUUCCUGGGUUUGAGGGGGAUAUCAAUACUGGAGGGGGAAGUGCCAUACAGGCAGUCAUGCACUUCAACUACAGGACCAUGAUUAGAGGAGACUGCUCCAUCAUCUCACAGCUGAAGAAAGAAAUGGGAGAUCAAUGGAUGAAUUACAUCUCAUUUGGGGGUCUGAGGACCCACGCUGAUCUCGAAGGAAAACUGGUGACUGAACUGAUAUAUGUGCACAGCAAGAUGCUCAUUGCCGAUGACAACACUGUCAUCAUUGGUUCUGCCAAUAUUAAUGACCGCAGUAUGCUGGGUAAGAGAGACAGUGAGGUGGCUGUCAUUUAUAAGGACAUUGAGACCGUGAGGUCAGUAAUGGAUGGCGAGGAGUAUCAGGCUGGACCCUUUGGACUGAGUUUGCGGCUGGAGUGUUUCAAGAUGAUUCUUGGUGCGAACACAGACCCCAGCAUUGAUGUCACUGAUCCAAUCAGCGACCAGUUUUACAAGGAGGUGUGGAUGACCACAGCUUCCCGCAAUGCCACCAUCUACCAAAAGGUGUUCCGCUGCUUGCCGUCCAGUGAUGUUCGGACAAUUCUGGAGUUGGAUGGGUUCCUCUCAAAGCCUGGCUUGGAGAAGGAGGACCCUGUUCGUGCUCAAGAGGAGUUGAAAAAAAUUCGGGGCUUCCUAGUCCAGUUUCCUCUCCAGUUCCUUGGCGAGCAGAACCUUCUACCACCCAUCGGAUCAAAAGAAGGCAUGGUGCCCAUGGACGUCUGGACAUAAGUGAUCAGAACGUGUCCACAUCACCAGGCUUACAAGAAACUGCAAAUCUAGCAGGUGUACCUGGCAAAUGAGGAACAAUUUCACUAGUUUUAUCAUAUAAUGAGCACAUCUUAGACACAAAAGGAGAUUUAGCCAUCACUUGUUUACCCAUCUGGGAUUAUGGACAACACCAGACUGGAUUAUUUCAUCUUUAUUGGAAGUUUGAUUGUCUGAAUGUUUUGUAUGGAGUCUAACACUAUGCAACUUCAACUAAUACUAUAUUAUGAACUAUAAUCUCAAGUCCUACAAGAUGGUGAGAUGGAGGAUUUUUUGACAAGUCUUUGGUGUUAUCUGACCCUUGAUUGGAUGCUGCAGGAGGUAUAAUAUUAUUUUGUCAUUAUUUAGAGUUUUGUGAUCUGUUAUAUGCACUACUGAGUUCAAGCUAUUCUCUAUAUUGAAGUGCCAACUAUCAACUUCUAUCUUUCUUUAUGUAGCUUCUGUCUUUUCUCUAUAUGCAGUGCAAAGCAUGCAACAUUCCCUGUAUUUCUAAAUGCUGUACUAUAGCUCAAAGUAUUUUACAGGUCUGUGAUGGUGGAUGUGGUCCAUGAUUGUUGUAUUCUUAUGGUACUAAUUGCCAUGUUUUGGUGGCCUUAUUAUAAUUGUUUGUGUCCCCAUCUUAAUGCUGAGUGAAUUUAUAUCGACCAAAGCUUCUGUCUUUAAUGAAAUGGCCUAAUUGGAUUUCUUAUGUAGAAUACUUAGACCAAUUUUCCAAGUGUAUUCCCAUUGCUUGCCCAUUCUUUACAGUAUUGUGUAGAAACGGCUAUGCCUAUGACUCUUAUGAAGUUUACAAACUUAUUUUUGAAAUAAUGAAACCAUACAUUCCAUGUAGAGGUUAUUUGCAAACAGUUGAAGUUAAAGAUUUACAUGUCAUUGUAAAAAUCUGAUUUUGUUUAACGGUGCACUCAGUAAUUUAUUCUACAUGGAGAGGGUCCACACAUGGGGGCUGCCAUGUUAGAAUCACAUGACCAGCCGAAUACGACUCGCUUAAUCUCAGUAACCGUCCUGUUAUUUAACACAUUCACUCAUGGUUGAGUGUGUAUACAAAAUUUCUACAAUGGCAUCUGAAACUGAAAACUAUUGCUUUUAUAUGAUGCUACAUCCAAGCCACUAGGUGUCAGUGUAAGUUCAAGAUGACACAAAGACAAAAGUUACUGAGUGCACCUUUAACUGGUCAUAAAGCAUGUGCUAAAGUCUGCACUGCUAACUGUGAAUCUGCACUUUUAUAGUAAUUCAGGAAUUGAUCAGAUAUAUCUGAUAUUUUAUUUUCCAUUCUGUUUUCUUCUUUUCCUUCAUGUCUUUGUUCCCUUUCCCCAUAAACUGCAUUUUAUUUUGCACACAAUAUGUCUCGUCAAGAAUACAAAUGACAUGUGUUGAGAUGUGUAUGAAAUAUAUGUAUGCAUUGAUGUAAUGCAGAUGAUUAAACAGAAUGAUUUUUACACUA